AUGACUUUUGCAACAGAAACCACAAUUUCUAAAGUUACAAACCCAAUUUCUUUUGAACAUUCAAAUUAUAUUCAGAAUCAAAAUUAUUAUCAUCAUAAUAAUGGCAGCGGUAUCAAUAGAGCGCUAUCGGUUCAAGAAUUAUGUGAUAAUGAUAAUAAUAACUUGCCUUUGAAUAUUUCUAAUAAUAAUAAACAACAACAUUAUCACGAACAACAGUAUCAAUUUCAUCGUCAUUCUGAUCCAAUAAACUUGCCAACUCCUUUAAGUUCGCCAAAUCCUGCAUUGUUGUUAUCUGCGCUUCAAACACCAAAUAAUAUCAAUGACCUUAUGAUGAUGCCUUUAUCGUUGCAAGAACGUAGAGAAAGAAAUAAAGUAGCUUCCGCAAAAUAUAGAGCCAAAAAACAUAAACAAAAUGUUGAAAUGAAUUUUGCAAUAAACGAAUUGAAACAAGAAAAUAAUACCUUGAAAAGGCAAGUCGAUGAAUUGAAAUUGGAAAAUCACGAUUUAAAAGAUUUAAUUGAUAAACUCAAAAGCAAAUUGGUCGAAGGAAAAAUACUUAAACUUAUUCGAAAGGUGUUAAUACGCCAAAGAAAAACUAAUCGCAGUCAAUACAGAUAA